AUGACCUCGACCUUGCCUUCCGACCCAUCCGACGUCUCGGCGACGGCCCAGGCUCUGCUUCAAGCACACUAUGGACACAUGAAGCAGGGCGCAAACGCAUCCAACUCUGACUCGCUCGUAUCUCAACAAGCUGAGCUUGCGAAACUGGAGCAAGCCGUCCGAAAUGUCGACAGAAUCUGCCUUCAAUUGGAUAACUUGCAAGUGGCUCAGCAGCUCCAUGCCGGCAAGAGCUCAUCGUCGCAAGCAGCACGCACUUUACAGCCUCUCGGUCCCUUGGCUUUCUGGCCUGCUCAGGUUGUGCAGAAUGGUGGUCACGUCUUUGUGCGACAAGAUCCGGUCGGUCUGUCGUCCCACGAUCAGCUACUUUUGGAAGAUGAGGCGCUGCCAGCGCUCACCGCGAGGCCGGCCAAUGGCGACAAGGUCAGUGUGUCGGUUCGGCUGCCCGAUCCAAGCCGCACGAUGCAAGUGAACUACGUCAAGGCAACGCUCCGAGAUGCGCAAAUGCAGCUGCAGACUCGCAAGUCGCGAUACCUCUCCUCCGCUGCGGAGCUGCGGGAAGGGGCAGCCCCAGAGCUGCACAAGGUCAGUCAAACCUCGACGAACCCUGCAGUUGCGAGCAGAGCAUCGAAGGAGCACACAGUCAAUGAGAAUAACGAGGUGCUCAACGAGGAAGGGCUGCCCUUCUACGAACCGGUCGAGCAGAUUACAGAAGAGGAGGCGAUGCAAAGCAAGAAGGCGUACAUGCAGCCUUUCGUACGCGUUGAUGAUCAACAGACAGCGGACAAGGAGCAGCGUCGACGGUGGCUGGACAACAUGCUCAACAAGCUAGAAGAGGAAGAGAAGGACGAGAAUUCGGACGAGGAACAACAAGGUGCACAAGAAGUAUCCGGGGCUGCGCCGCCAGUGCCAACGUCGACAGCGGUUACGGCUCCACUGCCCGCCGAAGAAGAGACUCGCGUCGUCUUGCGCACGCGUACACCGAGCCCGCCUCCCUCUCCGGAAGAUCUGGCAAAGAACAAGACGCUGCCCGAGAUCGUGUCAGCUACACGACCACCCCCUCCUAAAUCCGCUCUGAAACCGACUCCAGCUCGUCCUGACAUCGUGCAGCGUCCGUCGUUUGGCUCUGCUGGCAUCCGUCGCGGCUUUCUCAAUCUUAAUCCGUCCAGCCCUGGCGCAAUCAAGAGCUCCUACUCGUGGGAAGAUCUGGAAAAGGAGGAAAAGAAGCAGCAACCAGCAUCCCCUACAGAUUCAGAACGACCGUCGAGGAGUCAUACCCCGAUACCACUGAGUCGCAACAACACCAGCAGCACCCUGGCUUCAUCGCUACUAGGACGCGUAGCAGAUGCUGGCCCGAGUCCGUUGACAAGCGGCACCAGUACACCCACUAAGAAGAGCGUGCGCAUCAAGAGCCCCGAACGAGCGCAUCCGGAGGCGUCCGCAGGAUCGGGUCUCACGCCAUUGCAAAGGGCGCUCAGGUCAAGCAUUCGUGUCAAGGAAAACUACACCGAAUCUGCUACGACAUCACAGUCAGCCGAUGACACUUCCUCGAUGAUGGCACGAGCGCUCGAAUCGGGGUCUGGCACGGCAGAAAAGCGUCACCGAGACGAUAUCGGUGUGGAGGAAGAGGCGGAACGCAUUGUCAAGCUGCUCGGACCCGAUGUGGUCGAAGGGCAUCCCAGCGCGCCGCCAUCGGAUGUGCUCAGAAAGAUGCAAGAAGCGCACGAGGAGGACCAGCGAAACUCGACGCCCGAGGCCAUCGCUGCUCGGGCCCAUCAGGAAGAGAAGGCUCGUGAACAAGAGCGCCUACAGAGACUCGCAGAGAAGCCGGCGCUCGGGCAUUCGGUAAUGGAGAGGCCAAAGACGAGUGCUCCGUCUCCGGCAUCGUUGUCGACAGCACCUCGAGAACGCGGCCAGCAUGUGUCGACGCAAGUGAAGGCGCAACAGGCCAAGUUCAGUGCCUUCAAAGCGGGAUUCCUAGACCAGAAGCCGACGCUCACUUCCACUUCCAAGUUCGUGCCCAACACAGGCCUGCCACGCAAGGCGGGUGCGAGUGCAAACGCGAGCGCCGGCGUGCCUGCUGCUCCGACGCAGUCAAUGGGCAUGUCGGCACUGGAUCGAGCUUCACUCGGCGAUGACGAGCUGAGCGAACGGCGACAGGCGAUGGGUCUUCCGGCCGCUGUACCGCACGCGAGACCAUCGAAGGCGUAUGCGGAAAAGAUGAAGCAAAGGCAAGAAGGUCUUGAGUCUGACAUUCCGAAAGACAAUGUUGAUGCCGAGGCCAUGGUUGGAAAGCAAGUCCAGCUGGCCAGACCCGUGGCCGAUGACGAUGUGCCUCGACCUGGUCGUGUGCGCUUCGGGCCGCCAGCUGGAUCGACUGAUGCAGCGACAAAUGUCGAUGGCGAGGACGAUGAUGGGCACGAGCAAGUCGCCGAGAUUAACCCGGGUGCGGCGCUAGAGAAUCAUCUAUCCGAAGACGUUGACGACGGUCAAGAGCUGGACGAGGACCAAGAAGAGCCCAAGAUCGAAGGGGAAGGUGCCGAUACAGACGAGGAGGAUGCCUACUUUGACUCGUAUCUGUCGAAGCGCUCUCGACGAGUUGCUGCUGCCGCCAGUCGCGGGAUGGAUGUCGACGACGACAACGACGAUUUCGACGAUGAUGGAGAUGACGAUGCCGACGAUUGGGGUAUCGAUGAAGACGACUUUGACGAGGACGAGGACGAUGAUGACCUUGACUACGACCCAGAAGACCUCAUGGCGCUUGCGCCAAAGAUGGGUGCGGAUGCCGAAAGCCUAGCGGCACAUCCAGAGUUGCUCAAGGAGUACGAAGAGGCACGGGCGAAGCUGGCUGCGAUGGGAUUGGCCGUGCCGCUUGGAGCGCAUGGCGAAGACAUUCGUGCAGCAAUGGUUGCUGCUGCUCGAGCAGCUGCUGGUGGUGUGGCGGGCAAUGUCCACGAAGAGGAGGAGGAGGAUGACUACGAGAUGGACAUUGUUCCCUUGGAUGCCGCCGUCGAGGAUGCCGAGUAUCAAGGCAACACGACUUCGAUUGGUGCCGGUGGCUCUGGCUCGCGUAUCUCACGUUUCAAGGCCUCACUGUCGCAGCAGCGGAUGUCCAGCACUCGAGGCAAUGCGGCAAAGUUGGAAGACAUGCUCUCAUCAGCUCAGAAUGUGGGACCCACCGCAGCACCCAAUGCGCCCCAAACCGCCGCGUCUAGCAUGGACGGUAGGUCCGCCGAAGACAACGACGACAGCAAAACGCCCGGCGCGCCAGUGAUGAUCAUCCCGCAGUUGGCACCCGUCCGAUUCCCCAAGAAUGGCGAUCUGAUCCAAGGCAAAGCGAGCGGACCAGUGGAUCUGGAUGGAGGCGAGAGCGACGAGGACGACGAGAAGGCGGAAAUGGUGAUGCGCAGUCGACUCGAGAGGACGGAGUGGAAGAAGAACCACCCGGAGGAAGCCAGGAGGCUGGCGGAGACUCAGAGGGCCAGAGGGACGGUGGAGCAAGGGGUGGCGCCGCCGUCAGUCGCGAGAAGGCAGCAGAGUAACGCUGAGGCGGAAGUGGCGGCAGCAGAAGCGAAGAAGACCGACGAGGCAACAGAAGCGGCGACGUCCAAGCCGAAAAAGGUGAGCCGGUUCAAAGCUGCUCGCAUGGCGCAGUGA